AGGGCGUCACUGAAAGUAAAAGUGCAGUGUAAAGUGGCAAAGGCAAACCUGCUAUAUGAGAGGAAAAAAGUAAGAAAAAGCUCCACAACCUAAUCCCUCUCCUCAUUCCAUAUUGUAAAAUUUAUUUGUCCAUCCUCAGUUUUCUUUGUUCUACGUAGAUUAUGAAAGAAGAAAUGACAAAAUGUUGGCUACUAUGGCAAAUCCUUCACAUACAGCAGUUUUAAGUUCAGUGCCCUUAAUAAGAACACCCAGCUUCCCUGAGUCCAGCAAUUUUAGCAACAGUUCUCUUGGCUUGACGUGUCAUUUAUUACUUUUAGAUGGUAGAAAAAGAAGUUUUGGAGAGACCUUGGUAAGAUGGCAUCUUUUCUUUCCCUGAAGCUUUCAUCCUAUAGAUCCGUACAAAGAGACAGUCUUUCAGAGGCUUUACAAAGUUUGGCUGAGAUAUAACAUUUUCCAGGUUUGCAUAUCCAACAAAUAUUAAACACAACACAAAUAUAACAGGGAUUAUAUUUACAUUAUUCUGGUGGCUGAUGGGCUUGCAGGGUUUCUAGUAACAUGUUUGUUGCUGAGACUGCACAGUAAAAGGGGACUGCUUGUUACAUGGAAAAACUGCAACAGUUUAAGGGGUCUUACUGUAAGUCUUUCAAGCUCAAAAGCAUUGUUUUUAGAGAGGUGGUAUAACUGAAGCUCAAAAACAAAGGGGCACCAGCAUUUGGCCUUUAGUUUCAAACUGAAAAAAAUCAAUUCCUUACAAACAUGUAACUUUUCAUAAAAUGUCCUGGUGGUGCAGCAGCAUCCGAGGUCAGGGUAUUGUAUGACCAGAAGGCUGGGCAGCUGUUGCGAAGGGAGCAGAAGAGCCUGUAACUCAGAGGUUGAAUCUGUGCUGGAGUGAUUAUAGAGUACCACAUGAGCUAAAUGAUUGUUAGUCUACAGAUAUAUUCAUAAAGUUCCCAUGACAAAGUCUAACUAUAUCUUCUGGUCUAGUUUAAAUCACCAAAUCUGAGUUUAAACCAGAUUAGCAACCAGAAUGUGUCUUCCUCCCAGCCUCACUAAAAAACAUGUACUGUGUUGACCUUUCUGGUAGCCUUCCUUGCUUCUCACUCCCCUAAAAAAAUAGGAAGCUGCAGGAGUAGUCAUUCGUUACCAUUUUUUCCCUAAUGUGUUCUUCUUCCUGUUUAGUCAACAAGUAUGCAAGCCUGAAUUCCAGGAGGACUGACUAUGAGUUAAAGCAUUAAUGCUUCAGAACACUGAAAAUUAGAAUGGGAUGAGAAAUAUUUCCAGCUGUUAAUUUCUGAGCUUAACAGACAUGACUCUUGGCCUAAAAGCCAGUGCCUUUCUCCAAAGAGACAUUAAUAAGACUAAGAAAGAAAAAAUCAAUACCUUUUCAUUCCCCAACAAAGACCAGUGCAUUUUCUGUGUUUGAAGAACCUUACAAAUUUUUGAGAGACUUGAAACAGGGUUUGCAGUACCUCUGUAGCUGCCUAGCACUGUGUAACUUCCCUGAGCUGGAAGAAACUUUCUAUCUUGAUGAGGAAAAACUAACUUAGGACAUUAUAAAACAUCUCAUUGUCUCAUAGUCUUAUACAUACUUGGUCAUUGCCAAAACUCAUACAGAGGUAAUAAUUAAACAUGCACUCAUCCUGAAAGUAACAGUAAAUAAUUCUCUUGAGCUUGUGAUAUGUAUUAGCACGUCAUAUACAAUUAUAGUGGGAAUGUGUGUGUUUGGGGAAAAAAAAAAAAGUAGGUCUUGCUUUUGUUUGCGAUCAUUAUGGGAGAGAAUCUGGUUAUAUUAAGGAGGCCUUUGCCUUUACUUCCUAGAAUAGCUUAAAUGGAAGUAUCCAGUGUUGCCGAAGAGAGAAGAGGUAUUUUUAGAAAGAAAAAAAUGUCAUAAAAGUAUUUUAUAGGAGGCUUUCCCAUUUAGUGGCCAGUAGUCUUGUCUCUGAGUGCUCUUGAGUCUGAACAAAUGCUUUUCAGCAUUCCCUGGAACAGUGUCACAAAGAUUGAAAUGUAGCGGGACGAAUGUUACAUGCUAGUGCCUUGACUUUCCUUACUGAAGCUGUUCAGCAAAGUAUUGUGUCCAGUAUGUUCCUCAUAAAGUUUUCACAAUUUCUACAUUUCUGUGGUGUUAAAGGUGUUUUUACUUCAGGUACUUGCAGAGAUUGACCAUGCCACGGUGAUACAGUUUUUUUCAGGUCACUUAUUUAUUAUGCGGGCAUGCUUUUUGCUUCACGAAGCUUCUGUUGCCUUGGCAUUAGAACAUACCAACUACAAAGAGAUUUGCUUUCCAGAUCCAGAGAACUUUCGGCCUCUGCAACAAUGGCCUUCAGACACAAAAACACAAGACGAAUUGAAGGCCUUGAUAGCAAUGUGUGGGUUGAAUUUACAAAGGUGGCAGCAGAUCCCUCAAUUGUUAAUCUUGGUCAAGGUCUUCCUGAUAUCUCCCCUCCCAGCUAUGUUAAAGAAGAGCUGGCAAAGGCAGCGGCAGUCGACAGACUGAACCAGUACACACGAGGCUUUGGACAUCCACCGCUGGUGAAAGCCUUGUCUCAAGUGUACGAGAGAGUUUGUAGAAGAAACAUUGAUCCUCUCACAGAUAUCCUGGUGACCGUGGGAGCUUAUGGAUCUCUCUUUAGUACAGUACAGGCAUUAAUUGAAGAGGGAGAUGAAGUAAUAAUAAUAGAGCCAUUUUAUGACUGCUAUGAACCAAUGGUAAAGAUGGCGGGUGCAAAGCCUGUUUUUAUCCCACUGAGAUAUAAAAAUAAUGGAAACUCUGCAUCUAGUGCUGAUUGGGUCUUAGAUCCUGAUGAACUUGCGAAUAAAUUUAAUUCCAAAACAAAAGCGAUUAUUCUGAAUACCCCGCACAACCCUAUAGGCAAGGUGUUUACCAGAGAAGAGCUCCAGGUCAUAGCUGAUCUCUGUAUUAAACAUGAUACUCUGUGCAUCAGCGAUGAGGUGUAUGAAUGGCUGGUGUAUAAAGGGAAUAAACACAUUAAAAUAGCUACGUUGCCAGGUAUGUGGGAAAGAACAGUAACUAUAGGAAGUGCUGGAAAAACAUAUAGUGUAACUGGCUGGAAGCUUGGUUGGUCUAUUGGCCCCCAGAACCUGAUUAAGCAUUUGCAAGUUGUUCACCAAAAUACACUGUAUACUUGCCCAACUCCAUUACAGGAGGCGUUGGCACAAGCAUUUUGGAUAGACUAUAAACGCAUGGAUGACCCAGACUGCUAUUUUUACUCACUGUCUCGAGAGCUGGAAAGCAAGCGUGAUCGGAUGGCUCAGCUACUUCAAGAAGCUGGACUAAAGCCUGUCAUUCCAGAUGGAGGAUACUUUAUGAUUGUUGAUGUUUCUACAUUAAAUGUGGAUCUCUCUGAUGUAGAUGAGAAAGAACCUUAUGAUUAUAAAUUUGUCAAAUGGAUGAUAACAUCUAAGAAGCUGUCAGCAAUUCCUCUUUCAGCAUUCUGUGGUCCUGAGACAAAAAGGCAGUUUGAAAAAUAUAUACGGUUUUGCUUCAUUAAGAAAGACAGCACACUAGAUGCAGCUGAAGUGAUCCUGAAGAACUGGAAUAAACAGACAGCGUGAUUUUUCUUACUAACUCUUCCAUCCGAUAUAAUUAUCUAUUAGAUAGGGGUUUUAUUGCAAAUUUAAGAACAAAUUACUUAGUAUAGAAUUAAUAUGACAUUGUCAAUAUAUUUGUGCUGCCAGCUGCUGAGGAGUUAAAACAAUGAUUGACUUGAAAUGUAUGUAAUGCAACUCAGAGGUUAUUUUCAGUCUUUUCAAAAUAAUUUACUUUUUUCUUAAAAAAAAAAAAUCCAUGGGAUGCACUUCUUUUACUGAAAGACAAAAAAUUGUAGGACUCUGGUAUAGGUAUUUUAAAGCUUACAAGAAAAAAGUGGGAAGUGGUUUUGGUAUGAGAUAGUACAGGAACUAGGAGUGAGACUUAAACAUCACGGUUUGUGAAACGCCAUAGCCUGCAGUGGAGGAAAAUUAAGAUAUGCCUCAUAUUAGAUAAUUGCAGUGACUUUCUGCAUAGGUACCUACCUACCCUCUCCAUGCACAAAUUGCAUCAAUUUAAAUAAAAUGAUUGAGUUAAAUCAAUACAGUGUUUAUACUAUAGGCAAGAUGGAAAAGUGCUAAGUUGCCUAAUUACUAUUUUAUUUUCCCACAAUAGUCAUGUGUGCUGUUCUGAAAGUAUUCAGUCCUCAAUAAAGUUGUAACAGUGGCAUCUAGAAUAGGAAUUCUAUUUACUCAUGUCUACCUAUUUAUUUAUUACGUGGUUGAAUCUACAAAGCAAAAUAAAAGACCUUGCUUUAGAAGCCCCUUCACAAUCCCAUGUCCAGUGACAUAAUUAAUCCCAUCAUCCUUUUUCUUAGCAUGUUCACAGCAUUGGUAACUUCACACUAAACUUCUCUCGAACUCUUUAGAUCUAGGGGGAGCAUGGAGACGGGCCUAAUACUGUGCUAUGGAGCUCAGCUAACUUUGUUUCAAGCUCAGUUGAUAAAGGACUGUUUCAAAAGAGUUCAAUAUGGAGAAUUCCUUUCUAGUUGCCUCCUAUUUCAGUUCUCUCUGCUAUAUUUUCAUCUGUGGAUGGGUUUCUCACUAGCAGAAGCAAUCCAGGUAGGUAACCUUUUAGGUUGUGUAUUAUAUUCUCCAUGUUGUUUCUAUAGUCUUCCCUCAGGCUCUAUGGUAGAAAGCCUGAACAAAUUCAAUAGCAAGUUUUGCAAAUAUUUUACUCAUUUUGUGAUCACAGCUGGAAUCUUAACUGAAUUCCAUCAGACAGUGACCAUGGCCAGGGCCUUAAAAAAAGUAUAGAAAGUGGACUGUGAGAGCAUCUGCUAGGCUUUGUCGUUAGUACUUCUUGGGCCUCUGGGAGUCCAGUAGUUGGGACUUCUGUAGUCUUUGUAGUUGUCUUGCACUGCCAUUCCCCAAGUCUCACCAGGAAAUGGUUGGCUGGUAUUUUUAAGGUGGUGUAUAGUCUUUGUGCAGAAAAAUCAAUUCAGUAAUUAAAAUGACUUAACUGAAAUUUCAGUGUGAAUUUAAUGUGGAGAUUCCUACAUUAAAUUCCAGGAGGAACUAUAUUUUUUAAGGUAGUAAAUUUCUGUGAAAUCUACACUCUGUUUUACAAGGAGUUUAAAAUCUGUUUAUGUAUGUUGCACUGGGGAUCUGUGCUGUUGCAGGAACUAAGAAGGUAGUGCAAGAAUCUAUUGAGCUGCAUGAUAAUUUGCGAAAGGAAAAUGUAAAAGUCUGCCACUUUAAUUGAGAAGUGACUUUUUAUAAAAUUAAGCAAAUUUUUCUAGCAUAAAUUAGCCAUGUUAAAAACAUAGGCUUCUACGAAAUGUUUGUAUGAUUACGUGAAUCAGAAUUUUCUAGUUUCUUAUGCCUCUGAAAUAAUACAAAAUAAUAAAAUACUUGAAUUUUCUUGUCCUUGAAA